AUGAAGCUCAUCAAUAUCCUUCAACUCAUCGCUAUAUCUAUGGCCUUCGUUGUCCCUGAGGAGGCCGAGAUUGGACAGCAAAAAUUUGCGCCUAAGAAGACAUCAAAGACCUUAGAGAAUUUCUACCUUGCCGAGAAUGCUCUUGAUGAGGCCAUAUCUACCUCUCGCAUCGUCCACAUCGCCCAGAUCACCCAGAUCACCCAGAUCACUCAGAUCACCCAGAACAUCCCCACACCAGAUCAUCCAGACCAUCUAGACCACCCACAUCACCCACCUCAUCCGCCCCAGCCACCUCAUCCCCCUCACCAUAAGAAGCCGCAUCAUGGCCACCGCAAGCCGAACCGUACGAUAUAUGAGCAAAUCGCCGGCAGCAAGCUCACAACGGAACUGAACAAGGUCAUCAAUGACGACCUUGUCCAGCUGCUCAACAGCACGGAGACCAACUACACCAUCUUUGCGCCAACGAAUGAUGCAUUCAAGCAUCUCCCUGGAUCUCCCUGGGUCUCAUAA